AAGUCGUCAAAAUAUAUCACUUACGAAAUAUAUUUAUCAUUGUCUUUCUCAUACUUGGAGUCAAAAAAUUAAAUAGUAGUCUGAUGGUAGGUAAAUUCACAACAGUUUAUAUUCAUUUAUGAUUUAUUUUCGUGUAACUAAGCGAUAGAUUCGAUUAGAUUGAUCGAUAUUCUACGAACAUUGUUGUUUUUAAUAAACAAAUAUGGAAGAAUAAUGGGGCUCACCAGCAACACGGGGCUUUUGGCAAGUGUGCCACAGAAACCAUUUUUAGGAAAGGAGAAGAGUCAGGUGGAAGUGGAACUACGAUGCGACGUGACACCAGCCCCGUAUAUGCUGAGGCCGUAUGCUGGGUUGUACAACCCGUUCCAACAGAAAUGCUCAGUGCUGUGUAACCAUCCAGCCGACACUGAAGCCAAGGAAGUUGUAAAGAGGGCUAAGGACUCUUGGGUUUGGGAAGGGAAAUCACAUUAUUUUCAGGAAGAUCUCACGAAGUACCAAGAACAAAAUGUCCCGGAGAAGAUCAGGACGCCUCAUGAUAUCGUCACUGAAGAUAUGUUCAGAAGAUACGCCGAGACUGAUUCCCGACCACACACGCCGGCUCCGACCCUCGCCAGCGGCAAGUCACGUGGCUCUAGAAGAUGUCUCACCCCGGACCAGCCGCACCCGAAGACUGCCAUCGUGCUGGACUUGCGGAGGAGCCACAGCCAGGAAACCCUCUAUUACCACGGCUACACGACCUCCGACAUGACUGUGGGCCAGGCUACAAGCGCCACCAAUGAGCGCUCCACGCUGCCGUCGCUCAACCAAUCGGAAACGGCCCACAACAGACUAGCGAAGGGCCAGUGCGAACAACUACCUCCACUGGCUUCACCAUUGGUUCUUGCGCAGAGAGUUGUGCCAGUGAAAGAGCCUGCUAGUGUUAGGACUGUGAAGAAGAAUCAACUAAAGGCACUGAACCUGAGUAAACCCCCGAAGACCAAGAACAGCAAGACUGAGGCCCCAGUCUCCCAGAGGUCCAAGGACAAAGAGUCCAAUGACGGCAGCGAGGCAGCUAUAGCCAACGCGGAAGAUGGUGGCGAGAGUCGCAGACGGGGGAAGGCGAAACGUCGGAAAGGCCGCCAAGCUGGCAGUGAUCGGCUCACGUCCGCUGGGCUGGCUGCGCAGGCGCAGCAAGAUCCCGAAACACAGAUAGCCGGCAUCGAAACAGACUCCCAGAACCCGAGCUCCCGCGGCUCCAUAGCGGCGCCGAACGAUGACGACGUGGCCGUACUGUCGGCUAUCAAGCCCGGGGCCACCAGGAAGACUGACUCGUUUCUGGACGACGACAUACUGAAGUUUUUGCACAGGGAGGUCGACGAAGAGGCGAUCGAGACUGAGUUUGAUACUAAGCGGCGAUAUGUCUUAGAAGAGGCGUACCGCACCCGCCCCGACAGGCUCUACGGCCAGGAGAUGCAGUCUCUCAUGAAGGAUAUGAAGGUGCCGGCGGUGAGCUUAGGCGAUUGGUUGCAUGUACCCAGGGUUUUCUCCCGACAAAAUGCCCAGUUCGGACUGCCUAUUGACUCGUAUACUUUGGAAAGACUUACCCCCAUGAACUAUGCGGCCAGAUUCGUGACGCCUAAGAAAUCGAAGCAGUUAUUGUACCUAACGGUUCUUAGAAAAUUUCGGAACCACGGGUACAGGAUGCCUAUUUGUGCCAUCGAAGAAGGCCUAAUUAUGAUGAUGGGCGGCAUCCUCACGGAAGAUAAAGUGAAGCAGUUCAAGGACAUAAUGAACUGGACCAGUUACGUGGAAGAAGACAAGAUACCUGAUGAAAUAAAGCUCACCUCGUUAGAUUCGGGGGUGUACAGGAGGCCGAUUGUCAGGGAAAACGGUGAACCUGAAGAGACUGACGAGAACACGUUAAAAUACCGUACAUGGUGCGGUCUGUGCGCGAUCUGCGAACGCAUGUACGGCCGCUUCCCGCCCAGAGAAAAAGAUCCCCCGGACGGUAUGGAGCUAAGUGAUUUUACGAUGAUUGAAACGAAGUUAGCAGUGCUAAAAGUAAACAAAGGGUUGGUAGAAAUACUUAAUACUAUAAGAGAGCGAUGAUAGAUAUUUGUGAGUUAAUUUAAUUUUUAUAGAAGAAAUAUACAUAGGUUUUUGUAAAUA